AUGGUUGUAUUGAUAGUAUUACCCGUGAGUGGUAGUGUAGCAAUGAACUGGAAGUAGUAUCACAAAGGGUACAGUUCAUUGACCGGUUUCAUGGGCUAUCCUGUCAAGGUAUUACUAUAUAUUUUAUUUGUACCUGUUUGCUGUUUCUGACUGUUUCUGUUAUACCUCGCCAAAAUCAAAAUCAAUCACCAAGGUCGGUUCGAGGUUUAACCGUCAUUACUCUACAAGCGCUUUCAAAUCUGAUAUGAUUGAAACUAACAAUUAUCAAAAUAUUCAUCGAAGGAUAGAGUUUGGCGGACUGCUUCCAUGUACACCGAAAUUUGCGCGCGUGUCUUGCGAUCACUGGGAUCGGUACAUUGAUCAGUUGAUGUUUUAUACGUUUUAAGAGGUCAUAGUCAUCCUGCUGUUAUCAACCUGAGCCGGUCAAUGAUGCAGCCUUCAUAGAGGAAGGAGGACGUUUGAAUUCGACUGGAACAAGAAACAGACGCAGAGGCGAUUUCAGUAAUCAUGGCUUUAAAAAUCUGUUAUCCAAACUCGAGGAUACUUUUCGCUCUGAUGUGUUUCGUAGGACUCGCUGGCAUUAACACACUCCGUAUCAAUCCGAGCGUCGCCAUCACCGCUAUGGCAGCAUCCAUUCACGGCCAAAGAAACUCGACACGUGACCACGAUGUGACCAAUGAUGGUUGUUGGAAACGAGAUAAAGCGUUCCAAGGAAACUACACGGAUGAUAUUAAACCUGAAUUUUCUUGGAGUAGUCGAACACAAGAGCUUCUCCUCUCUGCAUUCUUCAUCGGGCUACCAAUAACCCAACUCCCAGGCGGCUGGCUCGCCGAUAGAGUAGGCGGGAAAUGGGUAGUAGCGACCGGAGCUGCGAUGACUGCCAUUAUGAACAUGCUUGCACCACUAGCGGCCCGAACAGGAGCAUCCUAUUUCUUCACUGUGAGGUUAUUAGCUGGAUUAUGCGAGGGUGCUGUAGUACCAGCCAUGUUCACACUGAUCAGUAACUGGACUACAAACAAGACCAAGACUAGAGUCACAUCGUUUGCAAUGGCAGGUUGUCCAUUUGGACUUGCGAUAGGACAAAUUGUAUCUGGUUUUAUCUGCUCAACCCCUCAGCUUGGAUGGCCUUUCUCAUUCUACAUCUUAGAUUCCAUCUAUCUAACUUGGGCUAUCCUAUGGGCUGUUAUUGUACGAGAAAGUCCGAUAGAAACAGAAGAAAAUUACCAGAAUGUACCCCUGUCAGAUAAACAGGAAUAUGAAAAGAGAAACCAGAUUAAAAAGUCUCGCGCAACUGUACCAGUUCGUGACCUGCUGACGUCACUUCCUGUAUAUUCAUUUAUUCUGAUCCGGUUUGGUAUCCAAGGUUGGGUUGUAGGAACUCUUCUUACCAAUCUACCUAUCUACAUGAAAUACGUCCUUGGAUUCUCCAUUAGAGAGGUUGGAUUAUUAGCGUCAAUUCCUUAUGUUUGUCAGACGAUGGUAGCGAUGGUGACGUCACAAGUGGCUGACUCUCUGAUUGGUCGAAAUAGUAGCGUAACUAAUGUCCGCAAGACAAUGAUGUUCAUUGGUGUUGUGGUCAUCGUUGCAACCCUCCUGCCGGUUGCUUUCAUCGGUUGCAAUCGGUACUUCGGUUUGGGUUUCAUCAUAGUAGCCGCCACAGGAACCGGAAUCACCUAUCCGUCGGUUUUCUCUAACGCAGUGGACCUGGCACCUCGGUUUUCGGGUACGCUGAUGGGUCUUGCAAAUACCAUCGCACUAUCCGCCAGCUUUAUAUCACCAAUAGUAACCGGUUAUCUAGUGGACGAUCAGUCUGACCCGGAGGAAUGGAGAGAUGUAUUCUAUAUCGCAUCAGGGAUCGCAGUCUUUGUCACCAUCUUCUUUCAAUUAUUCGGAUCUGGAGAGGAACAAACCUGGGCCAAAGACCCAGAGAAAGAAGAUGAAAAAUACACGGAUAAAUGUCAGUCUAGAUCUACAGAAAGGAUGCCAUUCAAACCCUUGGUUUGAAACCGGUUAGUGAGGUUAAUAUUAUUGGUACGACAAGAAUGAUCUUCAGAUGAUGUCUCAUUGCGCUUGCAACUAGCAAGGUUUCCACUUUGGCGAGUUGGAGUUGCGAGUCAUACGCGAGCUCUAAGGCGAGUUAGAGCUCGCGCAGCUCGCGUAUGACUCGCAACUCCAACUCGCCAAAGUGGAAACCUAGACUGAGGAAAGCCUCCGAGGUGUUGCAGAGACGUCUCUUUGCAUAGACAGAAGAAACAUUUAUGUUGCGGAUGUCUCCCUCUGCGACAUCUCCUUUGAUGAGAUAUGGAUCCUUUAAGUCUUGCAGAUACCUCGGUAUAUCAAGGCAUUUUCGAUAUAAUUCGUGCCAAAUUCAUACCAGCGUUGUCAACAACCAAUAGCUAUAUUUUAGUUUGUUGAGUCUUGACCCGGUGGCUUGUGUUUGGUUUUUUUUUUUCGCUUGUGAUUCGUUUUAUAUACAUGAGUGGAUCAAAUAAAUACACACAAUGUGCCCUGAUUUUUACCUCCAUGAUAGUUUCGAUUCGAUUAGUAUGGCCUAUUGACAUGCCUGUAUUUUGUCAUUAUGGUAAGCUCAUUGAGAUGUAGUUAAUGAGCUAUAGUGCAUGCGUAUGGAUAAAGUAUGAAUAUCAGUUUCAGUUUUGUGUAACGUUUAGGUGUAUAACAUUGAGCUGAUGCAUGUUCAAAUCUUUGAUGAAAUAACAAGAUUAAUGUGGAGAAUACCCACACUGCCAAAUUACCCAGCCUUUUACCAAUGACAAUAUUUACAGUAAACUUUACGCUUUAAAAGUUCGUAUCUUUCAGAGUAUUUGUCUUCUGAUAAUGUAUACGUUAUAUAAUCUUUUUUUUUUCAAUUUCUUUUUCUGUAUAAUUUCGUGCAUCGCAUGUCUCGCUAUAUCCUCCACAAAAUUUUACUGCCUAUGUAUAUUUGGGUAUUGGUAUUGGAAAUAUCUGAAUUAAUGACUGACUGAAUUAUACAGAAUCUAACUGAAGUUCAUCAAUCUUCCCCCUUUUACUAAUUUUAGUAAUAUUGUCGUUUCUUCGUUAAAUUCCAUGGGCCAAGUUGACCAUUUUAUUAGUCCGUCUUCUAUUCGAUUAAAGUCUGAUAUUUAGUUAAAUUUCACACAGAUGUUACAUUUUGGUUUUGACACGCAAUGCACAUUUCAUUUGAUAUUAAGGGAGAUAACCGACCCGAGAGUUAUUACGUCACGGUAUCACUUUAGACAAAGGGAAUACAAAAUAAAUAAACGACAAUAACGUCGAACCACAGCCAAGAAGAAGGUCAAUAUACGGAUAAUGUAACAUUGACGUAGAUGUUGCAAAUUGAUUACAUAAAAAAAUCAUACAAAGUUCGGUUCAUUUAAAUCCCCAAACAUCUUGUCCGGAUAUCUAUUCGCGGUAAGGAUUACGGUUUCUAUCAUAAAAACCCGACUAGAUAAUCUGUUGGGGAAUAUUCUAAUAUAUCACCGUUCCGCCUUCUUUAGGCGGUUUUGUCUGUCAUACUUCUGAUACCAAGGGCUUAUUUAAUAUAUCUUGUUCCUUUCUUAUCAAUAUACAUCCAGUAAAAUGACUGUACUUAUCGAGCAUUAUAAUAAAAUCAAGUUCAGGGAAAACCCCUUCUUUAAACAAAACAUUUAUAGUAUAACCGAGAGGAUCAUGGCGUGAAUAAAAUGAAAUACUCAUUUUUUUGCAUUAUAUGUUUUAAAUGAAAGUAUUGUAGCGAUUGAAGUACAUAGUAUCCGACAAUAGUUUACCUGUAUUCUGAACUCGAUUUUAAUGUAAACUCUGAUCUGAAUGUUGUAAUUUGACUGUAUGGAUAGCCAAUUGUGGCACAAAACUCACAGUAUAGGUCUGAUUUAUAAUUUCACUGUCACUCAGAUUAUUCAUAACUGUUAGGAAUAUUGAAUAAAGCAGUUUUAUUUGCAAUUAUAGCAUGGAAGAGGACGGUGGGUAUAAACAAACAUACAAUGUUAAAAGAUAUUUGACAUUUUUCGCUUCCAAUAAUUUUAACCCAGAUUUAGAUAAUGGCCUAACUUAAACCUGACUUCUGAAUACAGGCCAAUGUGUUCACAUGGUGGAACACAUUGUGUAAUCAUCUUCACACUGUUUGAUAUAUAUUAUCUGUUAAGCAAGAUAAAAACAGCCUGACAAUUGAAAAUGUCACUUGUCCUCAAUUCAAAUUUAUUCAAAUAGAACUCCCCCUAUACAACAAAUGAAAAAAAAAAUCAUUUAUCACGCUAUAUCCUUCAUUUCCAGAUUUAUUAUACAUCGUAUUAAUUGCUAGGCUGUUAAUAAUAUUGACUUCCAAUUAGGCCUUAACUUGAUAUUCACGUGAUAUUUCCUGUUUAUGUUGAUUGAAUACAUUGCUUGUUAAAUCAGUAAUUAGUCCUCAUUAAAUGUUCGAUUAAUAGCGCAUAAACCUUCUUUCCUGUCAAAUUUACUUCAAUCCUAAACCCUGAGGGAGUGGCAAGGAACAAGAAACUGUCGGGGAUUUGGGUUUAUUACCCUACUUUAAUAAGUCUGAGUUUAAGAAUUUGUUUGAAUAAAAGAAUUAUGUGUCACCUGAUUGGCAGGGAAAGUGAUCCGUUAUGUUUUUCUUAAGAAUAAGCAUUCGAAAGUUAUAAGAAAGUUCAAUUGAAAGAAAAGCUUAAUCCAAUUGCCCACAACUUAAGAGCUUGAAUAAUUCAUUCAUCAUCAUGCAAGGUAAUUCGUGAUUCGUGAUUUAUAUGUAUCAUAAUUUAUAUGUCCCUUUUCUGUUGGAAAUGAAAAUAAACAGGAAUUCAAUCUUGAAUUUUAAUAAGCCAUCAUAAA